AUUUUACAGUAACCACAGACUGAUCAUGGGAGGACUGCGGACACCAUCAGAGAGGGCUCAUCCUUUUGCAGUUUCUGUACUGGUGCUUGGGCGACCAGUUCACAUUUUCGGGGUUGUCUGAGGAAAAGUUCUCACCAACCAAUGAGGGGCGCAUACCGCAACCGCCUGGCAAUGCUUACACGAGGAACUAGCAUGAGCUCCCCGUAUCAGCUAAUCUGUGACGUAACAUCGUAGCACACUGGAGCUCAUGUUGGCGUGUCGUAGUUGAUUUUUUUGUGCUAGGUUAUCCAGCCUUUUUCAUCACGUAUAGACCUGGCACUAACAAACGAAAGGGCGUUCAUUUAUCUCUGGCUGUCUGGAAUGUAUGAAUGGAUAGUUGACGGAAUAUCAUCGCUCUUCGUGCCUUUUUCUGGAGGGAAAUCAAGGAGUUGGCCUAAGAACUGCGGUUUAUCAGAAACCGCACGGACUCCUGACGAGCAAAUACUGGAGAAUUGUAAUAACAGGCCACCGAAACGCAAUUAUCAGAGUGUCCACUCUCCCGAGGGCACGUCAGAGCCAGUGGAAAUCAAAAGACCAAGGAGAGAUGUAAUUUUAAACACGGUUAAGAAAACCCUGGCAGGAGUUGCUGGCUUUCUCCGUCUGCGGCACCCGAAGCCCAGCCUUCACCAUGACCACCACUCCUAUAAGAGAGCCCCGCUGCAGCCCGUUGCCCUGGUGGGAAUAGAUGAAAUUCCAAGCAGUAACAUGAGCAUGUGGAUUACGAAUGGGAAUGUUAAAAUGGACAAACUGAGAGAGGGAGGGAACACUGGCACUGGCCAAGAGAAGACGGUGUCUGCCUUCGGCCACAGCCCCUUGCCUCUGAACAGGAAGCAAGACAGUGGAGCAAUGGUGUUUCGAGGAGCUCAGGACAGGACCCAGCGGCGAUCACUGCAGCUCCUGCCUGCCCGUCCUGCAAUGCCUGUUAGCACUGCGUCCCCGGACCUGGCCAGCCGUCCCUACAAGCCCUGCUUGGCUGUGGAGGAGGCCCUUAAAGAAAGUGACCGGGAGCAGUACUUGAGACUGGUGAGGAUGGUGUCAGAGAAGUACAGCAAAAACAGACCUCUCCCCUUUGCCAAGAUGAAACCUCUGAUGAUGUCUCUUCCUGUGGAUGGAUGCAAACAAACCGUCUUUGGCAGGACCUGUGAUCCGAGAAGCAUUAAGCCUGGCCCCCUCAGAGCCAACCCCAGUGUCUCUGUGUGGAGGGAUGUGUCUUCAGGUAAACAGACUAAAGACAGGACCGUGGAUGUGGGUCUGAGUAAUCCUGUUGAAGAAUGCAGAAGCACAGGAGUGGAUAAACAGUCCGCAAGGAAGGGGAAGAUCCAGACAGUGGAUGUGGACCUGUCUGCAGAGGUGGCUGCUCGCCUCAACCUGAAGGACAAGGAUCCGGCUCUGCCUGUGGCCACUGGAUUCUGUAGUCGGCCAGCCUCUCAAGCAGACUUCUGGCAGGCUGAGGAGGAGCACCCCCGCCUCACCAAGGAGAUGCAGAUGGAGGUGGGUGCUGCCCUGGCUCAGAAGGACCCUAACCUCGUCCUCAGCAGUGCCUUUAAGCUGCGCAUCACUCAGAGAGACCUGGGCACCCUGCAAGAAGGCUCCUGGCUCAACGACGAGGUGAUAAACUUCUACCUGAACCUUGUGAUGAGUCGCAGUGAUGAGCAGAAGGGGGCCGGUGGGCGGAGGGUCUACUCCUUCAGCACCUUCUUCUUCCCCAAGGUGCACGGCGGAGGCCACGCAGCCGUAAGGCGCUGGACCAAGGCUGUGGACCUCUUCACCUAUGACGUCAUCCUGGUUCCUCUCCACCUGGGAGUGCACUGGUCUCUCGCUGUUGUUGAUUUCAAGUCAAAGAGUGUGAAGUCCUAUGACUCAAUGGGCCAGAGGCAUGAUGACAUCUGCAACCUGAUACUGAUGUACCUGAAGGAGGAGAUGAACGUGAAGAAGGGGAAAGAUCUGGAUAUCACCAAGUGGAGUGUCAGCAGCUUGAAGGCCUCGGAGAUCCCUCAGCAAAUGAAUGGCAGCGACUGUGGAGUCUUUGCCUGCAAAUACGCAGACUACAUUUCUCGCGGACGACCUUUGACCUUCAGACAGUGUCAUAUGCCACUCUUCAGAAAGCUGAUGGUCUGGGAGAUUCUCAACCAGCGCUUGUUAUAAAAGAAAGACUGAAGAGGAUCAUUUGGCAUCUCCAUGUAACCAAAACAGGACCAACUAAACCUCCCCCCCUUUCCCUCAGCCCCACUUUUUCACAUAUUUAUAAAGCGUUACGAGCUUGUGUUCAUUACAUGGUAGAAAUGACAACACAUGACCCCCACUCCAUGCCAUAGAACACUGGUAGAAGCACAGCUUGAGUCAUGAAUUUUUAAUGCAAAGUAGAUAUUUGUUACAAAACAUUUGCCAUAGCAUUAUUUCACUGAUACUGUAUCUGUGAUAACUGGACAAUCCACAUGGCUGUCUGGUCUUAUGUCCUGUUAGUGUCUUUUAGUGUGCAGUCAAGCAGUGUUGUUUCUGAAAACCCCUUGGCUCCAAAGGAGUAGGUACCGAUACUAAUGUGCAGGACUGUGUACCACAUGGGAGAGAUCCUAGAUGUUAUGAUGCAGAAACGAGAUGACCUGAUUGGAGUGGCCACCUCACAUUAUUUUGUUCAAUGUGAAAGAAAGUGCCAGAUAUCUAGACUGAGAGACCAAUUCUUAUGUUGAAGUGCGUUCAGUCUAUCUAUGUGUGUGUGUGUGUGUGUGUGUGUGUCAGUGAUGUCCAGUAAGGCCUGUGUGUGGUGUCAAUCAGGAUGUGCUAAAUGCCCUGUAAUGCGUGUCUUUAGACUGAAGUGCCUUAAAUUAAUUUGUCUCUGUCCGCAACACAUGUUAUAGGUGUGGCUGUGUCUGCAGAGGUUAUGAACUCUCUGGAUUUUAUCUAGUGUUAAGGUUGGGGGGAGGGGUGUGUGUGUUGGUGUGUGUGUUGGUGUGGGUGUGUGUGUUCUCUGCUGCUCUGCCCAGCAUAGUGUAUACGUGUCCGUCUGACUGUGUACGACAUGGCUGUCAUAUAUUUCACACGCAUUACCUUUUAAGUAAACUAAAGUCGGGUGGAGAAGUAUAUAAGUUCAUGAAUUUGUUUACAUGCCUUCUCGUUCGAUCACAAAAGUCUUGGCUCUUGUAUGAAAUAGCAGCAGACCGAACUGGAGAGGAGAGGAUUGCAUGCAGUCCUGGAGGAAAGUCAAACCCUGUUUAUUCCUCCCCAUAUAAUUGUGACCCCCCCCCCCCAUCCAUGCAAUCCCCCUGAAAUGCCCUUAAUUUAAAGACAGAAAAGCGUUAUUUAUUUUGUUAUGUUCCUUAUUUCUACUUUUGGUUUGGCUUGUAAAUAAUAUAAUCAGCUUAUGUUGUGUGUGCUUUUUUUGUUUUAGAGAUGAGAGGAUAAAAUGAAUGUAGAAUGCAGCUGAAUUCAAACCAGUGAGUCUUCACACUACAGGCUGAUCUUAAGUAUUUAUGGCGCAAAAUGCACAGUAUGUAUCUUCUGUGUCGGCGUAGAUCUGUACAGAUUGUUGCUCAUUAUUUUUGUAAGUAAUAAAGAACUGGAUGAAGCAA